AAGACACGUAUCAGAAAAGUCAAAUUCUAUCUCCACACAGACAAAGAGAACUUGAAAAGCUGUAGUUUCCCAUUUAGGCAAUACCAGCAUGCCAGAACCCUGAGAGCAAAGGGAGAAGGCUGCUUUCAUUUUCACUACUUUCCUACCCAGAGAGACAGAACAGCAAUGGCUGAGAAGAGAUCACUACAAGACCCAGUUAAAGAAAUAAAGAUGAUUGCCAGUACCAUGCUUGGUGGCUUCUUGGAAGACUUGAAGGAAAAGAAGGUAUUAGAUAAACGUGACUUACAAACAAUAGGGAAAAAAGUGAACUUCAUUGUGAAUAAGACUGAAAACCUGGUUGAUGAUCUCUCUGAGAAAACUCAAGUGGUAGGUCAAGUAUUUAUGGACCGUCUCGUCAAUUCCAAGAGCCUGCUGAGUUUGAAAUCUCAUGCUGAAAAUGAGGAUGAGGAAUCUGAGAGCAGUGAGUCAUCUUCUUUGACAGAGAAGAGAUCACCAAGAGACCCAGUUAAUGAGAUAAAGGUGAUUGCCAGCACCGUGCUUGGCGGCGUCUUGGAGGACUUGAAGGAAAAGAAGGUGAUAGAUAAGCAAGAGUUACAAAUAAUCGGGAACACAGUAAAUGUCAUCGUGAAUAAGACUGAAAACCUGGUUAGUGAUUUUACUGAGAAAACUCAAAUGGUAGGCAAAGUACUUAAGGACCAUUUCUUCAAUUCCAGGAGACUGCUGAGUAUAAAAAAUGAGGAUGAGGAAUCUGAGAGCAGUGAGUCAUCUUCUUUGACAGUUAUUCAGGAAAUCCAAGAUUCCUCAAUGGAUAUGGUGAAGAUUUGUCCCUGCAAGCAUUCUCAAGAACCGAAGACUGUGAGAGUCCAGGAGGUAUAUCCAGUGAUGGAGAAGGAGGGCCGAACCCGCCUGGCCCUCAUCAUUUGUAACAAAGUAUUUGACCAUCUUUCUGAGAGAGAAGGCUCUGAAAAUGACAUUUUGGGGAUGCAAGGCCUCCUUGAAAACCUUGGAUAUUCAAUAGUUAUAAAGGAAAAUCUCACAGCUCUGGAAAUGAUAACGGAGUUGAAGAACUUCGCCACCCGCCCGGAGCACCAGUUCUCGGACAGCACUUUCCUGGUGUUCAUGUCCCAUGGCACCCUGGACGGGAUCUGUGGCAGGAAGCACAGAGAUGAAGAGCCGGACAUUCUUCCCGAUGAUACCAUCUUCCAGAUUUUCAAUAACCGUAGCUGCCAUGGUCUCAAGGACAAGCCCAAGGUCAUCAUCACGCAGGCCUGCCGAGGCAAAGGUGACGGGGCCGUCUGGGUGACUGACAUGGGAGAAGCACUUGCGUGGACAUGUUACCAGCCCUUGGAGCGCUACAUCUCCAGUGAUGCCAUAAAAAAGACCCACAUAGAGAAGGACUUCAUCGCUUUCAAAUCUUCAACUCCACAUAACGUUUCCUGGAGAUUGAACACAAAGGGGUCUAUCUUCAUUUCCCAACUUAUCCACUACUUGGGAGAGUACUCUUGUUGUCACCAUUUGGAGGAGAUUUUCCGAAAGGUUCAAAAUGCAUUCGAGAAACCCAAUGCAAUGAUCCAGAUGCCCACGAUUGAGAGGUUAUCCAUGACGCGAUACUUCUACCUCUUUCCUGGGAAUUAAAAUCCAUCUGAAGUGUCUCAGGAAAAUUGAGCCAUUCUGUUUUCUGUGAAUCUACUACUUUAAAAGGUUAAUGUUUGAAUGUGAAUAUUUUUCUAUCAAAAUUCCCACUUGCCCACCCUGAAACAACGGCAUGUGAAAACCAUGGUCGUAGUGUUGCUGAGUUAGUGCUUAAUAAAAUUUUUUGAAAAUAA